AUGUUUCGGCUGCUGGCCGUGCGUGGUGCGCGGCUUCAUACGUCUGCACGGCGGGCGACGCGUGCGCCGCUCUUUGAAAUUACCAAUGUGACGAUUCCUGGGAUGCAGAGCGUCGUUGGGCGCGACACCCCCGGCCUCUCGUGGACGAUUCGCGACGAGGGCCGCGACGAGUGCUGGGCGAUUGUCGGCCCCUCUGGCGAGGCCGGCGGUGCAGUGCGCCGGUCCUUGUGUGCGCUGCUGCUGGGCGACGCACGCGCGCGGUAUGCGGACGAUGCGAGCUCGCUGCAUCCCCCUGUGCACCGAUUUCUGGCGGACGAAGCGCCGCAGCAAGCCAUUGCACACGUCGCGUUUGGCACACGCACCUCGUCCGGCGGCGAAUUUGUGGACUAUUCGACGCGCUACGGCUCGAUCCGUGGCGAGGACCGCGUGACGCUUCUCGAGAGUCUGUUGGAGUCGGUCGGCGUAUACAUAGGCACGGUUGCGCAGCAGCACAUGCGCCCCGACCCCCUUGCCCCCGCAGGCUCCGAGUCGGCCUCUGGCCUUGGCGUGCUCAAGUGGCCGUCCGAGGCGGCGAAGAAGGAGGCGGUCAAUGCCGCGCACGCUGCGCUCGAGCGCAUCCGCACCUCUGCGCCCCUCUUGCGCAUCGACGAGACGCUGCUGCAGCGCCCUGUCGUGGCGCUGUCCAACGGCCAGACGCGGCGUGCGCGCAUCCUUCGUGCUCUUAUCUCGGGUGCGCAAAUGGUCGUGCUUGACGAGCCUUUUACUGGCCUCGACCCCCCGACGCGCGCCAAAGUCGCGUCGCUCUUUUCCGAGGUGCACGCGAAGCGCAUGCCGCGCAUCUGCCUCGUGCUGCGUGAGCAAGACGAGAUCCCCUCGUUUGUGACGCACCUCUUGCGUGUCGACGACGAAGGGCGCGUGGCGCUCGGGCCGGUCGCGUCGGUCGACGCUCCCCCGCCGACGGCCUACGCCCCGGGUGGCUACGACCUGGUGCUCGCGAACAACGCGGCGGGCCUCGGUGUCGGCGACGCGGCGCAAGCGCCGCUUGUCGCGAUGCACGACGUGUCGAUUGCGUACGGCGGCGAGCCGGUCCUGCGGAACGUCUCGCUGACGUUGUGCCCCGGCGCGCGUCUCGUGCUAGUCGGCGACAAUGGCAGCGGCAAAACGACGCUGCUUUCGUUGCUGCUGGGCGACAAUCCACGCUCGUACGCGCUCGACGCGUCGCAGCUUGCGCUCUUUGGUGCGGCGCGCGAUGCACCGAGCAAUGCGCACGUCCUGCUGCAGAAACGCAUGGGGCACCUGUCGCCCGAGCUGUACAAUGCCUUCCCCCGCAAGAGUCUCGAGGCGGGCGGCCUGACGGUCGCCGAGGCGGUCGCGAGUGGCUUUGACGGCAUCUUUACGCGGCGCCCGAUUACGGACGAGCGAAAAGAGCGUGUGUAUACCCUGCUAUCUCUGUUUGCCGACGUGCUUGUGCCCGCUGCGCGGAACGAGCAGAGCACGCCGUUUGCAAACGUCGAGGCGCUGGCCGAGGCGUCGUUCGCGUCCCUGACACACGGCUCGCAGGCCCUGUGCCUGCUGCUUCGUGCGAUUGUGCACCGCCCCCCAUUCCUUGUGCUCGACGAGCCCUUCCAAGGGAUGAGCACGCGCCAGGCCGCGCGCGCACGCGAGUUCCUUGACGCCGGCCUCGCGCCGUCGUCCGACGCGUGGUGGCUCGCCGGCAUGAGCGAAAGCGAGCAAGCGACCGACACUGCGUGGCGCCAGCGCCUUGCACUCGUCACUGUGAGCCACUACGAGUCCGAGUGGCUGCGUACGUGCGGCCGGCUGCUGCGCCUCCGGCAAGGCGCACGGACCGACCCGAUCCCGAUCUGCAUGACCUCUACGAUCCCUCCGCCGGCGCCCUCGCGCGUGCUUUCGGCAGAGGAUGGCCCGCUGGUGUGGAUCGACUGCGAAAUGACCGGCUUGGAUGCGCGCAAAGAGCGCCUGCUCGAGGUCGCGUGCAUCAUUACCGACAAGGACCUCGUGCCGGUCGACGCCGGGGUGACGUACGUGAUUCAGACGCCGCGCGGCGUGCUCAGCGGCAUGGACGAGUGGUGCACGACGACGCACAAGGCCACGGGCCUUACGGACGCGUGCCUUGCGCCCGAUGCACCCAGCCAUACCGCGGUGCGCACGGCGAUCCUGGCCUAUGUGCUCGACCGCGUGCCCGACGUGCGCGCCGCGUGCCUGGCCGGGAGCACGGUGCACGCGGACAAGACCUUUUUGGUGAACGAGAUGCCCGAGCUGGUCGAGCACCUGCACUACCGCAUUGUCGAUUCGUGCUGA